AUGAUGUACCUCAUUGUGUUUGCUUUCCUUUUUAGUGGUUGCACUGCAAACAAAGAGGCAGAUUCUUUGAUUCAAAAAGCUUGCAAAGAUGCUUCAACGUCUCCAGGAGGGGACAUGAUUCCACAUUUCGAAAAAGUUUGCAUUGAGACUCUUAAAGAGAAUUCGAAGAGCCAGAAUGCGAGAACUCUCGGUGAUUUGAUCAUUGUAGGAGCAAAUAACGCCAUAUCAAACUUAACGAAUGUGAAGAGAAUGGUGGAGAAGAUUAUAAAAGAGAAAAAAUAUAAGAAUAGUCUUACUAAGAAGUUGCUGGAAGAAUGCCUGAAGCUUUACUCUAAUAGCUUUAAAUUGUUAACUUCAGGUUUGAAUUACGUCAAAAUACGAAAUUUCGUUAAGGCUACAGAAGUUUUUUUGGAUGCAGAGGAUGGACCAGCAUUUUGCGGAUUGAAAUUCAACGGCGACAAUCAACAGAUAUCUCCUGUGAAAGAAGAGAAUAUUUUUCUCAUGACAAUGCUCUUAAUUCCUGAGUCGUUUGCUAUGGAGGCCUCACACGACCAAAAAUUAAAAUAA